ACAAUUGUUUCUAAUUGAUGCUACAGAUGAAAAUGGCACCAUCACGAGAAUAGGAAAAACUAUGUCAGAGCUUCCUUUAGAACCUUCACUAGCAAGGACUUUGAUCGAGGCAAAUAAGUAUGAUUGUUUGACCCAAGCUAUCACAGGAAAGAAUAGUUUGUCUAUAGUGGUAAUCAUUGAGGCUGAAGAUUUGGUGAAACUAUCAAAGCCUUGCGAUUUGGAUAAAUCUUUUGCAAUUAGCCAAUCAAUACAAGAUGACGGAGUUGAAGGUGGAUUAAUUGCUUUAUACGGGAACAUCUAGAAAGCUGUGGAAGUUAAUUCAUCAAACAAGAAUAUUACACUUAUAAUUGAUGAUAUUUCUCUUCUGGAAGUGGCUGCUAAUGGUUCUACAAAAGACAUUCUAAAUUUGAUGCAUUACUACCAUACGUUAACCACACAAUUUGUAAGACACCAUUUGAUUUUCAUUCUG